AUGUCUUCGUCCGGUAGCCUCCCCCUUACCCCCAUCACCAGCAUUGGCUCGAUCAACUCCCCCUUCGACAGGGUCAUCCCAGCGGCAGAUCAUGCAGCCUCUGCGUCCGAGUUCAGCAAAAGAACUUGGCAAGAGCUUGUAGCGAAUGCUGCCUCCAUGUCAUUCAAUAUCGACACGGUCAAUCUGGCCAGCCUGGCCAAGUACGGGCCAAAGCUCCCCGACGAAAUGGAGGGGACCACCGAGCUUGCGGGAUAUGCCAAAUGGUAUAAAGCAGGGCAGCCCGCAGUAGCAAUCAUCCUCAACGCGAUACACGCUAUUCGCCAUGGCUUCAAACGGCGAUGGGACUUGAUGAAGCUCACGCCGACACUCUGUGAGAUAUCGAGGCACAGCGGCUUCAAAUUCUCAGACAGCGAGUCUAAUGGUCUUGCUUUCAUGUUCCUCGCUUGGUCCUAUAUCCUUUGUGCGUUUUUGCUUGAACAACAGCAGAUACCCAUAGUCUAUGAAGAUCCAUACAGACAAUGGGGUAAUGGAACCUAUGAAGGUGGUGCCUUCUUCAUAGACCUUGGGGACGCUAGUGAUGAAGAAUAUCGCUGGUGGUCAGCUCUUAUUCAUCCUGGCCGAGGAUGGAAAGCUGCUUAUUCUUCGCAACCGGUAUGGGCUGUGACACUUGGGAAUCAGUUCAAGUUUAUUAUCCUGAAUGAACGCAACGUGCUGCCGUCAACCAAGGUCAAUCCUCCCUCUGCCAAGGAGGCGCUUGUUUUCCUUUCUCGAUUUGCUGCCAGAUUCAACUUGGAGAACCAGGCGUCACUCGGACUUGCAAUGGCACUGACCAUUCCACUUCACGAUAAUAUGUCCUCAACCAUUCAGCUGCCAGAGCCGUAUCUUACCAGGAAAGAUGUUGUGUCUAUUCCCUCUUCCAUCAUUGACCAAGAAUUUCGCAACCUGUCUUACUACAUGGUUCUUAGCUCCAACCCUACUUUCAUGGCCUCGGCUCUUUGGUCUGUCUUUUUCGAACCUGAAAUCGACUGCAACUUGGCCAGCCCCUGGUGCAACGCAAUCAUUGAUGUUAUUAAGCCCUUGAUUGACGGUCAUCGGCUUGAGACGCUGGGUCAUGUACUUGCUCAAAGAAGGCCUGGCGUUGCUGCUCUAUGGUACGGCCUGGUGGCCUGUGGCAAUACAGAUGUUAUCCAAUCCAUCAUUCCCUACCUUGAGACCUUGCACACCGCAUUACCCGCAAAACAUGUUCCAGAAGUUUCUGUCUGGACCGACACUCCUCAGUCAUUCAUGGACCUUUCUGGAUCUGGCCCUUAUUUACAGGGGAAUCAGAUAUCUCGCGAGGAUCUGUGGCGGCUACGACACGAGAAUUGGAAUACCUGGAAGGGUGGUGUUCAUUUCCGCCACUUACCAAGAACUCCCUUCCGACCCUUUGGCGCCAUUGACGCCGAAGAAGUGGAAGUCAUGGUGCGGCCGCACUUAGAAUGCCCGAGACAUGAAUGGAUCUAUUCCGGCUUCACCUGGACCCUCGACAAUGGAGUCGACCUGACCCAUGAGCCACGUGUGUUGACCACCUCAUGGGCCCGGUUUGAGGCUGAAUCACAUAUCAACUUGCCCCCAGCUCGCGGGGGCGAGCCAGACUUGGACAUGGAUUACACGGCAUCUAAGCAAGCUACCGGCGACAUCUUCCGGUGGGCCGCUACGGAAAUGGAGGAGACUGGCAAGCAUAUCUACUCGCACCCGUGGGUCAACGUAGAGGGACAUCUCGCUCUAGUUGGGCAGGAAAAGCGCAGGCCUAAAGGAGUCGUGCGUAUCUCGGAUAUGGACAGAGUCAAGGAGUGGGUUGUCAGCAACAAUGAAGGGGGCGAUGAAGAAAUGAUUGGCAUCAGAGAGGAACAGAAGCUUGUGUAA